UUGUCUUCAUAAUUAUAAUUGUUGUGCCAUAACAUAAACAAACCCAACUUUUUCUCAAACAUACCAUAAACCUCAACUCUUACUAACAAAUUCACAAACAUGAAUUUACCAUUUCUUCUCCUCUUUAUUAACCUUACACUAUCUGCCACCCCUACCUUUACACACCCUUACCACAAGAUCACCAAUGACCUCGUGACCAUCACGUGCAAGCAAACACCCGACCCGACACUCUGUGAAGCUGAGCUCAGGGCCGACCCACGAAGCUCCAAGGCUGCUGAUACCGAAAGCUUGAUCCUAAUCAUGAUAGAUGAUGUCAAAACCCGGUUCAUGGAUUCACUUCAAUAUGUUCAAUACUUGAACCGGAAGACUCAUGACCCGGAUACAAUCCGGGCCCUGCAUGAGUGUAUUUGGGUUUACGGGGUUGUGCUGGAUACAAGUAUUGAUUUAGCAGUGAGAGCAGUAAAACAAGGGAAUCCGAAAUUCGGGGAACAAGCUAUGGUGGAUGCAGGUAACGAAGCUGAGGCGUGCCGGAGGGGUUUCCCGGAGGAUAAGGUUCCGGCUCGAAUCACGGUUCAGACACCGAAGCUCCAUGGUGUGUCUAAUGUGGCUGCUUCUUUGAUUAGGACUAUGGAGUGAAGUUCUAGUCACUUGUAUUAUUUGUUAUAAAUGAAAAAAACUUUUAAGUAUUUGUUCAAUAUUUAAUUUGUGCUUUUAUGGCCAUACUUCAUUGCUUUCUAGUUUCUACCCAAAUAAA